GUGAUCUAGUGGUCCUGGAAACGAAGUUCGAUGGCAACGUUUUUUAGCAUUCUAAAUUACCUCGAUUAUUCGAAAAGAAAUUAAUGAGUUUGGCUAGUAUAGUAAGGCUGGUCGAGCUAGGUAAACAAAUUAUAGCAGCCUUUGAGAAUACAAGUUAAAACAGUAAAUGCAAACACAGAUUACUCCUGUCUUUCUUAACUUGAAACGCCUUAAGAUUGCACGCGUAUAUAUAUCUACCUUGGGUUAUUUUAUCUUUUAAAAUACACAAUGGAGGACGUUUUUAAAUCAUUUUGUGCUUUUGGUGCUGGCAAAAAUGAUGUAGCCUUGAUGGACGGGUCAAAAUUUGCAAAAUUUGCUAGAGACAUGAAACUCCUGGACAAAAAGUUAACAGCAACUGAUGUUGAUAUCAUAUUUAACAGAACUGAAGUAAAACCUAAAGCAGAACGAAAAAUUAAAUUUCAACAGUUUCAAGUUGCGCUAAAAUUAUUAGCUGAGAAGAAAUACGGUAGUGCUGAUGAGGUGCCGAAGCUCGAGGAAAAAAUUCUUGCAUCAAAAGGACCAAAAAAAGCAGGCGCCACAAAAACUGUAAAAUCAGGUGCUGUUGACCGUCUUACAGACACUUCAAAAUACACUGGUUCGCACAAAGAACGUUUUGAUGAAUCUGGCAAAGGAAAAGGCUUGGAAGGGCGCGUAAAUGUAGCUGCAAAUGAUGGUUAUGUUGGUGCAUACAAGGAAAAAGGCAGCUACGAUAAAACACACUAAACUUUUAGACCUUGUUUUACUUAACUUUUGGUGGCUUUGUGGUUUGUAAAUCAUAUUUAUGCACGGAUUUUAGUUGUCUGUUUCUUGCCUUAGUGUUGCGUGUGUAUGUUUUGUCCGAGGGAGGUUGAUUAAUGUUUCUAGAAUUGUUUUUACUUUAAGAAUGUUAUCAAAUAUUUUCGAAAGCAAAACCUUUUCUCAAUAAAACAUUCAGCAAGCUUUUCUUAUUACUUUCUUGAUCCUUUGUUAUGAUUUUAGUAUCUUUAGUAGCUUUGUGUAAAUUUUCACUCUUCUGAGAUAAAAUUUCACGAGUUAGCAUCUCUUGAUUUUUUCGCGCGUAAUAAAUUUCGCGAAUGAUGUCUUGAAUAAUAUUUCGCGGGUUCGUAAAUUCGCGAAUACGCCCAACACAUAAAUACCCGAAGUUAGUACCAUGAAAGUUUUUAAUUUAGUGUAUGAUGUAAUUUAAUUUAUCUGGCGUAUAUUUUAUAUCUUUUAUUUGUGACUGGAAAAAUAAUUGAUUUAUUUUAGAUGGUGUGAAUAGGUUAUUUCCAGUAAACUGAAUCUUCUUUUAAGUUAGCGAAGUAUAAUGCAGUUCUGUUGUUAAAGUGUACUUUUACUUGGAAUAAGAAUGUCAUUUUGUUGUAGAAUACAUAAUUUGUAAUA